AUGAAGAUUUUGUUACUAUUUUUAUUCCUACCAUUUCUGGGUAAAACAGAAAAAUGUGAUUGUUAUUCGGAUUGUUUGAUCAAAUCAUCAAUGGCUUUGAGAGGUCCAAUAAAACAGGUUCAUGAAGGAAAUUCGUCUAAAUUAUUUGUCACAGCUGUGGUUUAUGUGGAAGGAAUUGAAUUUGAAGAGGGAAGAUACGAUUUAUUGAAGGUGGGGAUGGUGUUCUCAAGUGUGACAUAAUUUUGGAAUUUUGUGAUUCAUAAUUUCAAAAAAUAAUUGUAGAAAAGAUUGAACUUUGGCUUACUGUAGGUAGUUUUUUUUCGAUUUACCGAAAAACCUAUCAGUCAAAAAUUGGAUCUGUAAAAAUAAUUUUUUAUGAGCGAAUGAAAACUUCAGAAUGACACAAGUCUGGCGAUAGAUUGGCUUCCGAUGUCUCACGAUGUUAUCGAAACAUCUCGUCGUCCUCCAAAUCUUCGAAAUAUUCAUUUUGUUGAUGUUGGACAAGAGACAACUGCAAUUAUCAUUGAACUAAAUUUCGAUAUUCUGAAUAUGAAACUUCGAUCAACUUAUGAAAUUAGAGUGAAUUCAAUUUAUGAUAGACAAUGUGAUAGAAUGAUUGAAAUGUCAAGUUAUGCAGCAAUGAAUGUCACAUUUGCUUGUGAAAGAAUUGUUGAUUCAGAUUGUCGUGGAUCAAUAAAAGUAGAUCAUCAUCCAGUUUGCAGUUUCAUGCGAUCUUAUCAUACAAGUGUUUUUGAGAAUAAGAAAUUGGAUACUGUAGAAUUAGAUGUCUUAAUUUCUAUCAACAAAAAUGAUCAGAGAUUUGAAAAAUUGAAAUAUUUCGUUGCAUUUUUUGGAAUUUGUGAUAUCGAAGAUGUGACGAAUAAUGGAGAAUGUAUUCUAGAUUUACACAAAUCAGAAGCUGCCAGAUUUUGUGUACCAAACAGAUUGAAUUGUUCACAUGUAAGUGUUUUCCAAAAAAAGGAAAAUAAGUUCAUUCAUUUGUAGACUCGCUCAUUUUCAUUAACAAUUCGACCAUAUCGAAGUGAUGUUCGAUAUGGAGUUCAGAUUUGCGGAGUUUUGGAUAGAAGAUUUGAAUCGCCUCCGAUUAUUUCGUCUAAGUCAAAAAGUGUCGCAGAUAUGUUAUCAGGUGGGAAUUUUUCGAAAUUUCGAAUGUUUGAAAAUGUGAAUAAUGUCAAUGGUUCUUCAAAACGUGAAAAAUGGAGAUAGCAAAUUUGGUUAGAGAGUUCAAAAAUUUGAAUGCUAAUUGUUUGGUGAUGAAAUUUCAUCAGUAUUAUCGAAAGAAUAAAAUCCUCCGAAGUUCUAAUUUUUUCAGAAUAAAAAUUCAAUUUUUUUAGUGUCUGCUACAAGCAGUGCUGUAAUUUCAAACACUGAUACAUCUUUGCUGAAAACUCUAUUUGGAUAUGCAGUUGUUCUUGCUCUUCUUCUAAUUGUUCUUAUUCUUUUUAUAACUUGCAAAUGUUUAACUGGUCGAUGGUGUAAAGAAUAUGAAAAUAAUUGCGAUGAUUUUAUUAUCGAUGAAGAUAGUCUCACAAUUUUUGAAGAUCGAAUUAUUGGAAAAGGUCGAUUUGGAACUGUAUUCUUGGGACAACUUUCACCAGAUUGGCAUGGUCCAGUUGUAUUAGAUGAAUGUCAAAGAGUUGCAGUUAAAACUAAUCGAUAUUUGGAUAAAUCGAAAAAACGAUUCUUUAUUGAUGAAAUCGAAGGUGCGAAAGUUAUUUCUAGACAUUCUCGACUUUUAUCAUCAAUUGGAACAGUUUUCAAAAAUGGAAAUAUUUUACAUAUUCAAGAAUAUUGUGCAAAUGGAAAUCUUUUGGAAUAUCUCAUUUUGAAACGUAGAUAUAUGACAGAAUUACAAGAAAGAGGAAUUGAUUUGAAUGGAAGUUUGACAAGUAUUGUUGAGGUGGAUUUCGAUGAAGUUAUCUCAUUUCAUGAUUUAUAUCGGAUUGCUUCUCAAAUUUGCUCGGGAAUGGUUUAUUUGUCAUCAAAAUUAAUUGUGCACAAUGCGUUGUGUGCUAAACAUAUUUUGAUUACCCAAGAUCAUAAUGUGAAAAUUGGUGAUUUUGGAUUCAUCUCAACUUCAACAACACCAAACAAGUGAGAUUGUUUUUUUUUGUUGAAAAAAUUAGCUCUUGUACAUAAAUGUUUCUAGCUCGCCAGUCGAAGGUCAACAGAAAUGGACAUCACUCGAAUUACUUCGUGGCGAGACCUCAACCCAAUUAUCCGAUGUUUGGUCAUUUGGUGUGACAAUUUGGGAGAUAUUCACAAUGGGAGGUCGACCUUAUUACAACGUUCCAGAUGCUGGAAUCCGUGGACUUGUUGAAAAAGGCUUCCGCCUUCAAAAACCUGAUGGAUGUAGUAUUCAAUUAUAUCAGUUAAUGCGUGAAACAUGGCUUGAUAGUCCUUCCGAUCGACCAUGUUUCAAUGUGAUUUCCACAAGAAUUGCAAAUUUGGCUCAACAAUCUUCACCAGAAACCAACAAUUUCAUGACUAUUUCAACUCUUUGUGAUUAUUAUUUAGAUGAUGCUGCAACGCUAUCAUCGCGAAGAGGAACAAUUCAGGAAUUAGGACAAACACAAACACACUAUGACCCGGCAGCUUUGAUCUCUGAAUCUGAAAGACUUUUAGGAUUUCGGAUGUGA